AUGGUUCUCAUUCCCCUGGAAUCGCGGCCGCGGGCGGAGCUGCGCUGCUGGCCCGCCCUGCGCAUGCGCGGCCGCAUGAGCGGCCCCACGCGCCGCCCAAGUCUCGCGAGAGGCAGGUGGGGCGCGGCGGUCCGUGAGGCGGCGUUGAUCACUGUAAAAGAUAUCGAAGACUUCGAAAAGAGCUAUAAAGAUUCAGAAGAAGAACUCGCUGAAACCUGCUUCAGAGUUGGAGCCGUGUCUCUCAUCACUGUAAAAGAUAUCGAAGACUUCGAAAAGAGCUAUAAAGAUUCAGAAGAAGAACUCGCUGAUAUUAAAGCAGCGUACGUGGAUUUUGAGGGUGACAUGGACAGAAUAAUGGAGUCUGUGUUGUGUGCAGACUAUACAGAUGAACCAAGAAUACGGAAAAUCAUAGAAAAAGCCAUUGCCUCUGGAGAAGUCCCAUCCUACAAAGCUUUUGUGAAAGAGUCUAAGCAGAAAACGAUGGCAAGAAAAAGGCGGGCUGAAAAAGAAGCUAGAGAGGCGGAAAAAACUAAAAACGAACUGGGCCUUGGUGGAGAAAAUGACUUGAAAGCGCUGAUUCAAAGCAGAAACAAAGAUCGACAAAAGGAAAUGGAUGACUUUUUAGCCCAACUGGAAGCAAAAUACGGGAAUAAUGCUAAAAAAGGAGGAAAGAAGACUGCAGCCAAGAAAGCCAAGAAAUAA